AUGGCGUCUAAACCUGAUGUGACGCUACUUGUUAAACGCAAUACCGUAAAGGUUCAAAUAAAUGAUCAUCAAAAGUAUAAAGCUAUUGAAGUCAUUAGAUUUAUUGAAGAUCAGCUGGGUGAAGAUUCCGUUUUGGCUUGUGUUCCUGGACGUGAUUUCUUUGAUGUUACUCUCAUAAAUCACGAUGUAGCUAAGAAUUUAGCAAAUGAUGGUUUAUUGGCUGAUGGAGCGGGUUUUCAUUGCAAAUUUAUUGAAUCUCGCAUCAAAGUGGUUUCAUUUAUGAAUAUCCCUGUUUACAUUAAUGAUAAGGAUAUUUUAUCAAAAUUAAAAUUUUGGGGUGUUAUUCCUGUUGGUGAAAUUAAUCGAAAAUGUUUUGAUUUCCAAGGAAAGCGCAAAUAUGAUG